GAGCCGCAAACAGAGCCGUUCGAUUUAUCAAUGUAAGAGCCGAGAGACGGGUUGGACCAUUAUAUCUAUCAGCGCCAGAAGUGAGUGGACAACAAUUAGAACUCUGUGAAAUUGGUCAGAAUGACGCAAGCUCGUUGAACCACCAAUUCAAGAACACCCAAACAAUCAAACGGAAACAUCCAGAGUAUACGACUCACACAGAUGAGAAGCGAUUCAAAUCCGAAAUAUCCAAGGAAGAUUUUGUUGCGCCACCGAGUUAA